AAUUCAAUGCUAUAAAAUAGAAAACGAAACACUUAAAUAAUCUCUCUGCAACUUGCACCAAUAAUUUGGGAAUACAGAAGAGACAUCGAGGGAGGUUUCCUUUUCUUCUAAAAUCAGGGUAGAGUUAGUUGCACAGCGGACCAGAGACGCUACAGAGAAAGAGAGAGACAUGGGGUUACGCGGAGAUGAUGAUGCUAAUGGAGUAAGAGGAGGAGAAGGAGAAAUUCUUCUUCUCCCGAAAGAGAAUAAGAUACCAAAAGAUUCAUAUCAUUUUGCAUACAUAAUCUACUUCACAUUAGGAACUGGUUAUCUCCUUCCAUGGAAUGCAUUCAUCACAGCUGUUGAUUACUUCACUUACCUCUACCCUAAUUCCAGUGUCGAUCGUGUUUUUGCACUUGUUUACAUGCCUAUUACUCUAUUGUUCCUUCUAUUUAUCAUCGCAUAUGUCAAUCCCUCCACCACCACCACCACCACCAAAUCAUCAUCUUCUUAUAGAAUCAACUCAUCUCAUUUCAGAAUCAAUCUUGGUCUUAUCCUUUUUAUGGUUUCUUUAUUGGUGAUUCCAAUUAUGGAUGUUGUUUAUAUUAAAGGUAGACCUGGACUUUAUACUGGUUACUGUAUUACUAUUGCUACUGUUGUUUUGGCUGGUAUUGCUGAUGCUCUUGUACAAGGUGGUGUUAUUGGAUCUGCUGGUGAACUACCUGAUAGAUACAUGCAAGCCACUGUUGCUGGUACUGGCGCUUCUGGGGUGAUUGUUUCCGUCUUGAGGAUCUUAACCAAGUCUUUCUUCUCACAAGAUACAGAUGGUCUAAGAAGAAGUGCAAUCUUGUAUUUCAUUGUGGGCAUUGUAGCCAUGCUUGUCUGCAUUGUUUUCUAUAACAUUGCAGAUAGGCUACCAGUUAUCCAAUACUAUAAAGAUCUGAAAUUGCAGGCUGUGGACAAGGAGGAGGAGGACAGAAACGAUGAAGGUCUGCUAGAGAAGAGGUCCUCAUUGAGGUCAACCUUGUGGGACAUUCUAAAUAGAGUGAAAUGGUCUGGAUUUGGGAUCAUCCUAAUCUAUGUUGUGACUCUGUCAAUAUUCCCAGGAUUCAUUACUGAAGACGUGCACUCUCAAAUUCUCAAGGAUUGGUAUUCUAUCCUUCUCAUUACGAGCUAUAAUGUAUUUGAUAUGGUUGGAAAAUCUUUGACUGCUCUCUAUGUCUUUGAGAAUCUGAAAGCUGCAGUUGGUGCAUGUGGUGUGAGGCUUCUAUUCUACCCUCUCUUCCUAGCUUGCCUGCAUGGUCCCAAAAUUUUCAGGUCUGAGAUUCCUGUGGUGAUCUUGACCUGUCUUCUUGGUCUCACAAAUGGAUACUUAACGAGUGUGUUUUUCAUUAUGGCUCCUAAAACUGUACCGAUACAACAUGCUGAAACUGUAGGUACUGUGCUAGUAAUGUUCCUUGUUAUGGGCCUUGCAGCUGGUUCCGUCGUUGCUUGGGUUUGGGUCAUAUAAUCCAAUUCCAAAAUCAACAAAACUUAUGUGAACAUUGUGAAGUAUACAGUUGUAUCCAGGUGUACAUGUUUGUGUUUUUUUUUCUCUUCUCUUUUUCUAUAUUUCCUCCCUAGCACCUAGAUACCUUUGGUUCGGGUCUCAUUUUCCUUUUCAGUUACAACUUGCACAUUUACUCACUGUUUUUUCAUCUUUCUAAUCUGGUUCUUCAAUUUGUAAAUGAAUGGAGCAGUUGCUUGGAUUCAUAACAAUAUUAUUCAAGACUGUCGAUUUUUAUUAAAUAAAUUUGAACAUUGGAAGUGUAA